CCCACCUCGCCGUGAGAGCAGUGUCUAACCGGCCGUGCGUUUCUCUUCCAUACACCGCGCGUUGCUCACGGGGGCGCGGAUCCAGGGUUGCAGCUGGCGUCGGGGGCUCGAACCUGCGGAAAGGACACUGAUCCAGGACCGGGACUGACCCUGAGGAUGAUGAAGUUGGUCAGCGGGGGCUCUGUAGUGAAUGCCGAGGCAGUAUGGGACCAUGUGACCAUGGCUGACCGGGAGCUGGCCUUCAAGGCUGGGGAUGUCAUCAAGGUGUUGGAUGCCUCGAAUAAGGACUGGUGGUGGGGUCAAAUCGACGAGGAAGAGGGCUGGUUUCCGGCCAGCUUCGUCAGGGUGGAGUCCCACCCCCCUCAAUCCAAACAGCUUUUUUAUAUCAACCCUGUCGCUGCAUCACGCCUCACAAACGCCACGGCUAAGUUAUGGGUAAAUCAGGAGGAAAACACAGCGGUCGAGGUUGCCGAAAGCUCCAGCGAGGUACAGAACGGCCAUGCGGAGGCCAGUCCGAACCCCAGCACAGACUGCCUGUGUCUGGGCCAGCCCUCUCAGAACCGAGACCAGAUGAGGGCCAAUGUCAUCAACGAGAUCAUGAGCACAGAACGACAUUACAUCAAACACCUGAAGGACAUCUGUGAGGGGUAUCUUCGUCAGUGCAAAAAGCGAAGAGACAUGUUCAACGACGAUCAGCUGAAAGUGAUCUUCGGAAAUAUAGAAGACAUUUACAGAUUCCAGCUAAGCUUCGUCAGAGACCUGGAGAAACAGUUCAACACUGAAGAACCUCACCUCAGCGAGAUCGGACCCUGCUUUCUGGAACACCAAGAUGGAUUCUGGAUAUACUCUGAAUACUGUAACAAUCACGUUGACGCCUGCAUGGAGCUCACGCGAUUGAUGCGGGACGCACGAUACCAGCACUUCUUUGAAGCGUGUCGAUUGGUUCAGCAGAUGAUCGACAUCGCCAUUGACGGCUACUUGCUCACACCGGUUCAGAAAAUCUGCAAAUACCCUCUACAGCUGGCAGAGUUACUGAAAUACACGGUACAAGAACACAGUGAUUAUCGGUACGUGGCUGCUGCGCUAGCUGUAAUGAGAAAUGUCACUCAGCAAAUCAACGAACGCAAACGAAGGCUUGAGAACAUCGACAAAAUCGCCCAAUGGCAGGCCUCUGUGCUGGACUGGGAGGGUGAGGAUAUUCUGGACAGGAGCUCAGAGCUUGUGUACACUGGGGAGAUGUCCUGGAUUUAUCAACCAUACGGACGCAGCCAAACCAGAAUCUUCUUCCUAUUCGAUCAUCAGAUGGUCCUCUGUAAGAAGGAUCUCAUUCGCAGAGAUAUUCUCUACUAUAAGGGGCGGAUUGAUUUGGAUCGAUACGAGGUUAUUGAUGCAAUUGAUGGCCGAGAUGAUGAUUUUAACGUUAGCGUGAAGAACGCCUUUAAACUGGCCAACCGAGACACAGACGAGAUCCAUUUGUUCCUGCCCAAAAAGCUGGAGGAGAAAAUCCGUUGGCUUCGGGCAUUCCAAGAGGAAAGAAAGAUGGUUCAGGAAGAUGAAAAAAUUGGAUUUGAAAUCUCAGAGUAUCAGAAGAGGCAAGCCGCACUGACCGUUAGGAGAGCUACCAAACAGAAAGGUGUGGGUCGGUCGGUUCCACCAGCAUACCCACCUCCAGUGGACCCCAUGAACCCUGGGCAGUACCUCCUUCCUGAUGGCUACGGGCAGGCGGACGGAUACGAGUACGAGCCCAAACGCAGCACAUCCCCCUUCUGGCAGAACUUCAGUCGGUUAGCACCCUUUAAAAAAUAGACCACACAUCCACCAGGGGUCAGAUAUUCUGCCCCUGUAUACUUGGAAAAGCACUAUUCUAUUUAAGAUACAUCUGCGGGACUUGAGGACAGACGCAACACACAAACUACAGGAAAGAGGACGGACCUUGCUUUACCGGGGUUUACCAGGCGUAUUUCUUUUACUGGGGUUACGGGGACACCUCGCCGGGCCGGCUGCACUGAAUUCUGCACACCACAUCAUCAUAUUCAUCCAAGAAGAAGAUCUCACAUACAUUUAAAACACAUUUUAUCCCUCAGCGCUCUCUUUUUAGAGAGCCUUUAAAUUCUGAAAGCAGACAAAAAACACAAAAUCACCUAUGGUUUCUUCUUCUUCUCUUCACAAAUUGACAGAAAGUGAGUCUUCACCUUUUAAAGCACUAAAUCACCGUAAAGACUCUUGCUCUCUAGCGCCGCCCUGGUGUUUCUCCGUGCACUGUGACUAUUUGGGGCAUUCUCUCUCACCCAGUCUCUCUUUUUCCUCUCUCAAUCUCAUACUCCACAUGUUUUUCCAACAGUUUCCACAAGCUGGUCAAAGCUGAAGAUUUUUUUUUCCUGGACAAUUUCUCCUUGGAUGGAACCUGCUGCACUUUUUAGGUCAUUUUGCAUGAGUUUCAGUUCAUUGCAGGUCUUUUUUAUUUGUGUGAUUCUCUUUGUACGGGUCUCAAAGAACAGUGGAUCACACUCUGCAAAUUUGUCACACGAGUUUCUAAUAUGGAUCUACUGGGGAUUUGGAUAUUGGAACAAAUCUGACAUUCCGAGAAUCUACAAUCAAUCAAUCAAUCAAUCAAUCAAUUAGUUUUGGUUUGCUGGAAACCUUGAAUAAACUACAGACCAGAAAAGCCGAAAGAGGAUCCGCACCUCUGUAGCGUGUUUACAUCAGAGCCUGGUUUUUCUUGAGGUCUCGAUUUUGGCUUGAUCAUUGAUUCCUCUUUCCUAUCAUCAAUCUGACACAAGACCGGAUCAAGUAGGAGGGUAAAAAAAGAGUAAUAAUACCACCUCUGAACCAUGUUUUCAUUUUCUGGGAGAUGAUACCCAGACCAGGUCGACUGUAAUCCUGCUGUUCAACCUCGUAACGACGUGCCAAUUCAUCUCUAACAUGCCAAAAUUGUCUGGUUGCCAAAUUUUCCUCUAACAGGUGCAUUGGCAUGUGCGAAUGCCAACCCCAUGAGCUGGUACCCCGCCAUGUGACUUCUCAGGCGAAAAUUAAGUCAGUGAAAUUUGGUUAUCGCUGCUAGGAUUAGCAUGACAUAGCGUUUCAGUUCUCUUUUGAUUUCAUUUGGUUGUUUUUGGUUCUCUCUCUCUCUAUAUAUAUAUACAGUAUAUAUAUACAUAUAUAUAUUUAUUUUUUUCCCAAAAUAAAGGGACUUGUGCAAACUUUAAUUUAUGGUAUAUUCGGGUUUUGUCUGAUAACUUUCAAAGGAUAGUAUUUAGUCCAAUCACAAUAUUUAAAGUAUUGCUAUAAAACAUUAUUUAUUCUAUUAUAGUGUGGUAUUCUUUUUUCCAUCUUGAUCCUCUUUAUAUAUUUUACAGCUUCUUCUGGAGUGCUAAAGACCCUUUUAGGGCACAAAAAAUGAAAGAGGACAGUAUGGAAGAAACACAUCACACAUGUGUACUAAGUGCCACAUGAAACUAUUAUUAUGUUACAAAGGAAAAUAUGAGUUUAAUAUUUUUGAUCGGUGAUCUGAUUGAAAUAAGAACAUUAUAUCAUUAUUUCAUAAUAAACUUCAUUAUG